AUGGUUAAAGAUACCGAAUAUUAUGAUCUCCUAGGGAUUUCCCCAACUGCCAAUGAUGCGGAGAUUAAGAAGGCGUACCGUAGAAAAGCGAUUCAGACCCAUCCGGAUAAGAACCCAGACGACCCAGAGGCGGCCAAGAAGUUCCAAGCGAUUGGUGAAGCCUAUCAAGUGUUAAAGGACCCGGGAUUGAGAUCUCGUUAUGAUGAGUUUGGUAAAGAAGAGGCGGUUCCAGAAACCGGGUUUGAAGAUCCUUCAGAGUUUUUCAGUUCGAUCUUUGGUGGUGAGGCCUUCAAUGAUUGGAUUGGGGAAUUGUCUUUGAUCAAAGAUCUUUCGGAGACCGUGGAUGUUUUGGAUGCUGAAGAAGAGGGCAAAGAAGGGGCUGACGAGGCUUCUGGAAGCAAAGUGGAUGAAACUUCGAUGGCAGCUCAUGACUCCGAGUUUGCUCAGGCCCAAAAUGAUGCCAAAGCUCAAGCUGAUAAAUUGAAAAAGAAAAAAAUGACCAAAGAAAGAAGAGAGAAAUUAAUGAAACUUGAACAGGAACGUAAAGAAAAGAAGAAGAAAAGAGUAGACGAAGUUACAGAAAAAUUGCUCAAGAAGAUCGAAACAUAUCUCGAGGCCAGCAAGAGUGAAGAUGGAUUGAAGAGCUUUGAUGCGAAAUUGGACAAAGAAAUCGAGGAAUUGAAAUUAGAAUCCUUUGGGCUUGAAUUAUUACAUCUUAUUGGUAAGAUCUACGUUAAUAAGUCAUCAGCUUUCAUUAAAUCGCACAAGACGUUUGGGAUCUCAAAGAUUUUCACCUCGGUGAAAGAAAAGGGUUCUACUGCUAAAUCUGCUUGGGAAAUAUUAUCAUCCGCCGUCGAUGCUCAAAUGACAAUGGAAGAAAUGACCAAAGAUCAAGAAAAGAACCCAGACGCCUGGGACGAUAUCAAACAACGUGAAAUGGAAAGAACCAUCACUGGUAAGAUUUUGGCAACUGCUUGGGUGAGUUCGAAGUUUGAAAUUCAGGGGGUGUUGAGGGAUGUUGUCGACCAAGUGCUACAUGACAAAUCAGUGAGCUCUAAAGAAAGAGUCAAGAGGGCUCAGGUGAUCCAUUACAUUGGUGCUAAAUUCAAAUCAACUAAAAGAACCGAAGAUGAAGCCCAAGAAGCUAGAGUGUUUGAAGAAAUGGUUGCUGAAGCAGCAAGUAAGUCGCGCUCUUCUAAGGGCUCCAAAAAAGCCCAAAAAGACAAAGAAAAAUUUUUCAAGAAGGACGAAAGUAAGAAAGCAGCUUCUGGAAGUUUAUUUGAAAGCUGA